AUACCAAGAGUCAGAGUCCAGAGAGACAAGACCUUUAUAAAUACUUCUGCCUCAUGUAGUGUAACAGCAGCAGCUCGAUCUCUCACACAGUCACACCCAACCCAACCCAGGACACACAGCAAACCAGAUCAGUUUCUUUCAGGAACCCAUAAGGAAAUAUCAGAUAGUAAAAAAGGAACUUUCGGAAUCUGAAGAUGGAAGACAAAGUUGAAUGGAAAGGAGAAGAAAAGGUUAACAAGGAAGAACUCCAUUUAGUGAUCAAGACCAAGGAUGCAGAACUAGGCGGUGACUCCAAGGAGGAAAAGACAGAGAAGGAACUUGAAAUAAAGACCAAGUCGGUGGAAAAACUGAAGCCAGAGUAUAAGGAGGAGGAGGAGAAAGACACGAAAACGAACAAGGAAAAAGAGAAAGAAGAAGAUGAAGAGUUGAAGAAGACAGAGAACAAAGAUAAAAAGAAGGACAAGGAUAAACAAGGAAAGAAGAAGAAGAAAAAGAGCAAAGAUUGUGGGGGCUCAGAAGAUGAUGGAGAGAGGGAUCAAAAAGAGAAAAAGAAGAAAGACAAACAAGAGAAGAAGAACAAAGGUAAAGGGUUAGAUGAAGAAGAAGAAGAGAUAGAAUGCAAAGAUGAAAAAUCGAGUGUUAAGGAUGAUUCUAAGCACACAGAGGAAGAGCUGGACAAAAAUGAAGAGAAGAAGAAUAAGCUCAAGGUAGAUGAAGAAAGCGAUGACCAGAAAGAAGAGAAAAAGAAGGUUAAAGAUAAGAAAGACCAGAAAGAAGAGAAAAAGAAGGGUAAAAAUAAAGAAGAGGAGGAUCGGGAUAAUGAGGAUGAGGACAAUGAAGAAAAGGAAGGGAAAAAGAAGAAGAAGGAUAAGGAAAAAUAUGAUGACAAUGAAAAAGAGGGGAAGAAGAAGAAAAAUAAGAAAGGCAAGGACAAAAAAAGAAGAAAGACGGGGAGUAUGAUGAAAACGAAGAGAAGAUGGACGGGGAGGAGAGGAAGGAGAAACACAAAAAUGUAGAGGAUGCGGAGAAGAUGAAGGCCGAAGUUGCUUCCAGGGAGAUUGAAAUAGAAGAUGUCAAAGAGUCGUCGGAGGAGAAGCAGAAAGAAGUGGUCAAGGAAAGUAAAGAGAAGAAGGACAAAGGCGAGAAGAAACGAAAGGAUAAGAAAGAAAAGUGCAACGACGUCGGAAAUCUGAAACAGAAGCUAGAGAAGAUUAAUGGCAAAAUAGAAGCACUAGUUGAAAAAAAGGCAGAUAUCAUGAGGCAGAUAAAAGAAGCUCAAGGAACAAGUCUCAUUGUUUCGGAGACGCCCUCAGAUGCAGCAUUGGCGGCAUCUUGAUCUUCACCUCAGUCCAUACUCCAUACUCUGCAGUUUGCACUACUACGUUCUAAUAUGUAUUUUUGCUAAAAUAUUUAAGGAAUAAACUAAUCUGGUCUUUGUGAUUGGAUUUUCCUUGUACUAUUUUAGAGUUACUGAGUUACUAUUCUAAAAAAAAAAGAGUUACUGAGUUACAUACCUAAUUUCA